GCAUCAGGGCUCUGCUUUACGAUCUGAUCUGAUUUUCUUCAAAACACUUAUGCAUGUUUUUCUAGUGAACUGAAUGCUAUUCAUGCGCUAAGAGCAUUCUGCCUGUCCCUCUGCGGAAUCGGAACAUGGGUUUGGUGUUUACGAAAUUGUUUUCUUCUCUAUUCGGUAGCAAGGAAGCUCGAAUACUUGUUCUUGGUCUCGACAAUGCGGGAAAAACAACAAUUCUCUAUCGGCUUCAGAUGGGCGAAGUUGUCUCCACUAUUCCAACAAUUGGGUUUAAUGUUGAAACUGUGCAAUACAACAACAUUAAAUUUCAAGUCUGGGAUUUAGGUGGGCAAACAAGUAUUAGGCCUUAUUGGAGGUGUUACUUUCCAAAUACUCAAGCAAUCAUCUAUGUUGUUGAUUCAAGUGACGUUGACAGGCUUGUGAUAGCUAAGGAAGAGUUUCAUGCUAUCCUGGAGGAGGAGGAGCUUAAAGGGGCCGUUGUUCUCAUUUUUGCAAAUAAACAGGACCUUCCAGGGGCCCUUGAUGAUGCCGCGGUGACAGAGGCUUUAGAACUACACAAGAUUAAAAGUCGCCAAUGGGCAAUUUUUAAAACUUCUGCCAUAAAAGGCGAAGGAAUUUUUGAGGGGCUGGACUGGUUGAGUAAUACGCUCAAAUCCGCAGGUGGCUAAGCCUGGCACUGUGUCAGAUCCAAAGAUGAGAUGCUCCAUCUGACCGAUGUAAAAGGAAGGCUGACAUGUAUUUUCUAGUUUCUAUAACUUACACAGUAAUCUAUC